UGACAAGUGGAGGGUUUCGGAUGAAGAAGAGCAAUAUUCCAAACCUAUCCAAAGUUCUAUCAGGGAAAUUCGUAAAAGAUGGAUCUGCUAACUUUUUAGGAGGUGGAAUAUCUCCAACAAAGAGAGAGCCAAAACGAAAUUACUCUAAUAUUUCAAGAACUUCAAAGACGAAGGGUCAAUCAAAAGUGCAUACUCCAAAGAUGAUGAACCAGCAGAGAAACCCUGAGGGUAGAAUGAAGCUGAGAGAUAAGAGAAUGAUGAGACUUAAAAUUGAGAAAAGGAAGACCAGUGAUAAAAGAGUAUCAAAGGAUUAUAGUCCAACUAUUACCAUUUCUAACAGAGGGCAAUCUAUUACUCCCAUUAAGCCAGGCAAGGCUGAUGGACAGUUCUUUAGUCAAAGAAAUAAAGACAAACGUAUGAAAUCUCCUUUCAUAAGCUCAAAAAGAGGAGUUAACAAAUUAAAAAUGAGUAGACAAAGAGGGAGGAAUCAGAAUAGUACUACUAUAGAUCCUUCAAAUGGGAUUCGUUCACCAUCUCCAACGAUGUAUAACCCGAUGAUUCAGAUAAAGUAUGAGACAAAUAAUUAUUAUCCUCCAAUGCCAAAUCAUGGUUCAGGGUACAAACAUCAUGGAGGUAAUACAACAUUCGUUCAGAACAACAAUACUAAAUAAUACGACUCUGAUUGCUAAUACUCCAAAUAAGUUGUUAGAAACCCGUGCUGGAAAUAAAGAUAAAUAUGACUUCUACCCUCCUAACAUCGAAAGAGUAGCCAGUCCCACAAUUGAUGGCAAUAAAAGACUGUUGUUGCCUAAAAGUCCUGUAAUGCCUACCUAAGAAGAAGAAAUCCAACA